GAGGGUAACAUGACGUGGACGCUAACUCCACGUCUCGAACUGGCGCAUCCGGCCUGACAGGUGUUAGUGACUGACAAGUUCCUUCUUCUUUUCGAUAGCACGAAAUGAAACUGUUCGCUUCAGCGAUGUUUUUUUUAAACUUGAUUUGAAAUAAGCGUUUGGGUGAUAAACGUACGCGCGCUCGACGGACAUUUCAUGAGUUGCUCCAUGUGAAGCCAAUCAAGCACCCAGGAACUCCAACAUGAAGAAGACCAAGCAGAUCAAUGUCAAGCAGACCCUCGCUCUGGCGAGAGCCUUUCACUUGGUGUACUCCUGCGCCAAAUCCUGCCUGCUCCCUUUCCUCACGCUGUACUUCAGACAGCUGGGCCUCGCUCCUGAGAUGGUGGGCAUCAUCAUGGGCACCAAGCACCUUAUUUCACUGGUGUGGCGGCCCCUGGCCAGCUUGCUCGCCAAGAUGUAUAACAAGAGGCGAGCGGUGAUAAUCGGCUCCGUGGUGUGUUCAGCUGUGGCCGCCCUUGUCGUGGUUCUUUUUCCGCCUGUAGAUCUCCAAACACACAUCAACUCCUGCAACGGGUCGAGUCUGAGAAGCACUCCGUCGCCCAUGGAGUCCCACCAAAAAGUCAGCACAGCUGACUCCUGGUCUACUGUCGCCUUUCCUGCUAACAGAACAUCUGCCGCAGUAGGAAGAACUUCACAGCUUCCUGCGGUAAGAGCAAACGAUACCAACAGCACGACUGAGUUCCAUCCGACGACUCUCGCCUCGGUGAAGGAGAAGAAGUCGCCACGCAAACGGGACGCCGAGGAUCAUAAAGAGGAAGGCCAAUUGGAUUUUCUGUCCAGCCUGAAGGUGAUGGACGUUCAACAUCAGCUCUUCUUCUUGGUGCUCAUCGCAGUGUCAGGAUGGGAGCUGGUGGCAGCCCCUCUCGAGUGGACGGCGGACGACGGCCUGUACGAUUAUCUGGACUUUGCCGAUGCUUCAGACCGCUACAGCAGCGCCGGGGUAUGGCCUUUACUCGGAGCCGCGUGCGGCGCCGGCGGAGCGGGGCUGCUGGUCAGCCGCUUAAACUGUUUAAUCAUCGGACGCACCUCCAGGAGCGCCGUGCACUUCUUCUGCUACGCCGGCGUGUCAGCGCUGGCCUUGCCCGUUGCGGCUUUCCUCCCUCUAUACUUGAACAAGCAGCAGGGCCGGGUGAGCCGGCUGCUCAAGGCCGUUGAGCUGGUACGCGGCUCCCGGCGCGCGGCGCUGUGCGCCGUCACCGCCCUGCUGGCGGGGAUGACCCGCUCGGCCGUGGACAACUUCCUCUUGUGGCAGAUGCAGGAUCACGGCAGCACCGAGCUGCACAUGGGCGUGUCCCUCAGUCUGGCGGCUCUCUCGCAGGCCGCCUUCCCGUUGGUGGCUGUCCGACUGACUCGACUGCUCGGCUCGGGCAGGGUGCUGGCGCUGGGGGCGGCCACUCUCGGGUCGCAGUGUUUGUAUUACUCUUUCCUGUGGGGACCGUGGGCUGUGCUACCCGCUCAGCUCAUGAGCUGUUUCAGCUGCGGGGCCUUCUGGUGGGCCGUGAAGGUGCAGAGCGACGACAUUGCCACGCCAGGAACAGAGAGGAGUGUCAAGAGGCUCUACGACGUCUUGUCUUUAGACUUGGGGAGUGCACUGGGAAGUUUUGCCGGAGGCUUCGCGGUUCGCUGGUGCGGGCCGGAGUGGCUGUUCAGAGGGUUGGCCGCGGCUAUGAUGCUGUGGUGUAUAUGUCUGCCUCUGCUCCAGUGCAACGCCCCCCGCCACUACAGGAUCAACUAUUCUCGUCUUUUGGCGGCAGACACCAGCGAGGCCAGCGACUCGGAGUCGGACCAAGAAAGAGACUGGCUGGAUGAAGCGAUGGAAGACGACGGCGGCAAUAACAACAAUUAUGGAAGGACGCUAAGCCGCUAGUCUGUACAGUGUGACCACCGGUAACGAAUGCACCAAACACUCGAGUGUGAAGUAUCAACGCAAAAUGAACAACGCAGAACAGCGUCAUCCGGUUUGGACAAAAGAAUUCGGACCGGACCACGUUCUCUGCUGCGCUUUGUGAAAAUCUGCAAGUAAUU